CGUCCUGGAGUCGGGCUCAAGAUCCGCGUCCGCGACCAGACCGGCGAGUACGACGUAUUCAAGCUCAUGCCGACGACCCCGUUGGUCGAGCUCUUCGACACGUACGCGCGGCUCAAGCGCGCCAACGUGAAGUCGCUCCGCUUCCUCUUCGACGGCCAGCGCGUCCGCGGCGACCAGACGCUGGAGGACAUCGGCAUGGAGGACGGCGACAGCCUCGACUGCAUGCGCGAGCAG